UUCUGGUGCACCACAUAACUGGCCAUCUUCCAAUUAAAGAAGAGAGCUUAUGUUAUUGAAGAGCAGCUUAGCCAAUCAGGAGGCAGUGCUAGGCAAAGACAGGAGGGGAAAGCAGCAGAGCGAGUGGGCAAGAGGAAGGGGGAAGAAAAAAAACUGCAGUGUGUGAGUGUGUGUAGUUUUUAUCCCUCCCCUGAACAGAUCUUUAUCAAUUUGGGUACUCCGGUCCUGGGGUGCAUUUGAAUGGGUGUCUGUCUGUGUGCAUGUGACAGAGUUUACAGGAGGACAGGGUAAAGUGUCUCCGAGCCUGUGGAGAAAGGGAAGAGCGUGGUGUCCAGGAAAGAGCGACCUGCACAGAAGGAUUCCAGACUGACGACGUUCUCACUGUGAUUGCCUCCAGCCGCUGUUCAAGCAUCGAGAGUUUGACUGGGCCGUGUGUGCAGCCUAAAUGACGAAGUUCAACCUGUUCAAGCAUCAGACAUCACCCAUGGUCGCUGCUAAGCCAACCGGGGCCAGUGCCUUGACUGUGUCCCCAGCCCCCGUCGCGUCAGUCGCUGCCGACAACUCCACCGAACCCGUCGACAAGAACGACGGCUUCGACGACAUCAAAAACAAGUUCCUGAAUGAAAUCGACAAGAUCCCACUGCCAUCCUGGGCCAUCAUCGCCAUCGCCGUGGUCGCUGCUAUACUCGUCCUAUCGUGCUGCUUCUGCAUCGUCAAGAAAUGCUGUUGCAAGAAGAAGAAGAACAAGAAGGGCAAGAAGGGGAAGGGUGACAUGGGAAUGAAGAACCUGAAAGGCGGAGAGAAACUACAGGACGACGAUGACGAGGAAGAUGACGUGGAACCCGGGCUGACUGGGGACGAGAAGGAGGAGGAGGUGAAGGAGAAGGAGAAGCUGGGCAAGCUGCAGUACUCCAUUGAUUAUGACUUCCAGGAGAAUAAGCUGACUGUGGGAAUCCUGCAAGCCGCCGACCUCCUCUCCAUGGACAGCGGCGGCACCUCUGACCCCUACGUCAAGGUCUUCUGCCUCCCUGAUAAGAAGAAGAAGUACGACACAAAGGUCCACAAGAAAACACUCAACCCCGUCUUCAAUGAGACCUUCGUCUUCAAGAUCCCCUUCCAGGAGAUGGGCGGGAACACUCUGGUCAUGGUCGUCUAUGACUUUGAUCGCUUCUCCAAACAUGACGUCAUCGGAGAGAUUAAAAUACCCUUGAAAAGCCUUGACCUGGCUAAGCCAAUUGAGGUGUGGCGAGACCUGGACAGCGCGGAUCAAGAAGAGCCGGAGAAGCUGGGAGACAUUUGCAUCUCCCUGCGCUACGUCCCCACUGCUGGAAAACUCACCAUCUGUAUUCUGGAGGCUAAGAACCUGAAGAAGAUGGACGUGGGCGGACUGUCAGAUCCCUACGUGAAGAUCAACCUGCUGCAGAAUGGAAAGAGGCUGAAGAAGAAGAAGACGACGGUGAAGAAGAACACUUUGAAUCCGUACUACAACGAAUCCUUCAGCUUUGAGAUUCCUAUCGACCAAAUGCAGAAAAUCCAAGCCGUGAUCACCGUGCUGGAUUACGACAAGAUUGGCAAGAACGACGCCAUCGGGAAGAUCUGGGUGGGAAGCAAGUCCACGGGGGCCGGGCUCAAACACUGGUCCGACAUGCUGGCCAACCCCCGGCGUCCGAUCGCCCAGUGGCAUCCGCUGCAGCCGGAGGAGGAGGUGGACGCUUCCCUCGCAGCCCUGAACGCCAAGAAGUAAACCCCACCAGACCACGUCGUCCCCACCCGCACCUCUCUUCCCCACGCAUCCUCCCAUCAGGCCCCACAUAUCAGUGUAUAUUCCAGAAGAUCAC